AAAAAAGAAUAUUAUAACAUUCAUCUUCUAUAUAAAGUCAUGUUGAUAAUGUUCUUUUAAUAUGAAUUUUAUAUAUUCUUAAAUUAACAACUAUUUAAUUAACCAAUUUUUCUAAAAAAUAUGUCUGUCAUUUUUACUACUGGGAAGAAGGCUUCAGAAAUUGUAGGUAGUACAAGCUCUCCUUUACCGAAAGCACGAAGAGCUCACGCUCGUCUUGGAAAGAAUAUGUCAAUGGGAUAUGAACCAUCAGAAAAUGUUAUAGUAUGGAAUGUAGAUUUGGGCUCGGAUCAUUUCAAUUUGGCAUACUGUACGGACACGCAUACAUUUUGGCAUAACGAUGAACAAAUACAACUUAACAAAACAUCUAAAGAAGAUUUACAAGAAUAUACUUUUACAAUAAUGAAUCAUAAAGGUGUAUUAUUUAUCUUGACAAAUAUAAACCAAAAUAUACCAACAUAUAAACUUUGUAUUGAUGGUAAUGAAAUUCCAUGUUUACGAAAUGAAUUACCGAUUUCAGAGAAAAAAUAAAUAAUAAAUUAAUCGUAGUUGUAAUUUUUAUGUUGUUUAUUAAUUAUAUUUGAUAGUUAAUGGAAAUAUAACUGUAUACCAAAUAAAAGUUCCUUUUCUUCUUGUUCUUGUUCUUGUUCUUCUUCUUAUCAUUAUUAUUAUCAUGGUAUACGAAUAUGGAACUUUAUGAAGUUGUAUUUGAAUUAUGGAAGUAGAUUUGAUUAUUUGAUUUUAUUGUUCAUAUUGAGAAACAAUAGCUCUAUGUAAUGCUUACCAAAUAGUAAGUACCAUAGCACUUAAUGUUUUAUAUUGAUUACGUGUUCAUCUAUUAUCAAGAAAGGCAUUAUCUUCUGAAUAGGACAGUCCCAUUUUAUUUUAUGAAUUAUUUUGUAUCUAUAUACAACAGAAAGUUAAGACGAACAAAUUUAAGAAUACACUUUGAUUAUUAGGAAAAUGGAGAAGACUUGCAAUUCAUAGGUUAAUUUUCAUGAUGAUAAUCCUCAACUACAGAGCGUUUGAUUGUUAUCCAAUCAACAAAUCACAAUAUUGUUAUAAAUUGUCGUUUGAAUGCUUAUUGCCUUGGCUCUUUUAAUGUUACUUUUAGUAUCUGGUCUUCGCUGAUUGUUAUGUCGGAAACGCUUAUCACUUGUACUCAGAACGAAGGACCUCUGCAAUUCCCACGACGCGAAAGUAAGAACACAAAGACUGGUAUAAGUGAUGAUUUAUUAACUACAAAACACGACAACAACGACUCUAGUAGAAAAU